AUGGCUGGCGAAAAUGAACUCCUCGAGCAGCUCAGGGAAUUGGAGGCGCAUUUGAAAAGCUACAACCAGGAUGCUCAUUGGUUUUGUCCCAAGCGAUCGGCAGAGGACUAUCACGAUUAUCUUCACCCGGACGAAGCAGAGCUGGACGAUGGGGAAGUUGAGGGUAUAAGCAUCGAAGGAAAACACAAAGCAAUUGAAGAGGGCAAAGAACGAUCUAAAGUUGCUUUCGCAGCAUCGCUGGUGAUUGGCGCGGGGGAAUUCGCGCCCCCAGGAUUCCACGAAUACUACGAGCAAAAACUCGAUACCUUAUUCCAGUCAUGCGAUGCCUGCGUCCGCCAAUGGCAUAUAGGUAGGAAAGCGUAUUUAAAGGAACUUGCAGAGGUAUUCCCAGACGAGGUAGUUGCUGCACUGCUCAGCCGUCUCAACGAAUUGGAUGUACGCAGAAUCGAAAGAGGCCUUCUUCUUGCUAGAAAUAUUCUAUGUGAAGCCGAGCCCUCCAAAAGAAGUCAAAAACUACUAAUCAAAACGGACCAUUCAGCAGUGGUAGCGCUUUACGAGUCUUUGUGUAGUACCGCUUUUCAUAAGUCGGAAGAUCACCUAUCAAACAAUUUCAACUACGUAUUUGAAGAGUGUCAGCGCAAAAGCGUCCUGAGGUUAUUAGACGUUCUCCCUGCCACAGCUCGAUUCCUCUUUCAGCAACAUGCCAUACGGUCGCGAUUCGCAAAAGCUUCAUGGCAAAGUCUGACCAAGCCUCUUGACGCUGAUAACUUCGAUUGGGUUGUUCAUGAUGCUCUUGGUGAAGCAAUUGUCAAAGUGGCCCAGCCGAACGCGGAUUUAGCAGCAGUGCAAACUUUCUGGAGCGGUUUCCUUCUGAUCCUGGAUAAAAUGGAUGGGCCAUUGAUAACCCACUCCCUGCGUGCGAUGGAGGUUCAUCCCGGAAUCUACCAUCUAGGCCUCCAGCAUCUUCAACUUGAUUCUGCAGAAAUCGUACAAGACGUCAUCCAAGCAUUUUCGCAGCUUCUGAAGAAGUCACCCAAGGACUUUUGGUCAGCGCUUGGUACUAUAUCUCCUGCCACUGUAGCCGAACAAAUCUUCAACAGUCCUGGUUUCCGAAAACUUCUUGAAAAUGAAGCGAAACAUGUUGAUUUCGAUACAAAUCCUGCGGUUACCUGGAUUCCAUCUUUUAUCCAGUCACUAGAGCCCAUUCAUCGUUACGAUGCCUGUAGGUCAUUACUUUUCAACCUGCUUGAACGAUUUCAAGGGACAGACGCGUCCAGCGUAGGCGCCAAACUUUUAUGCUGUCGGGCGGGUUUAGAAUCUAUUCGUGUUACCCUGCGCACCUUCAACAGCCCUGAGUACACCAUAAAUCCUUCUACAUCAUUACUUGUAAUUAACGACAUCAUGGGCCUGGUGCAGAAAUAUCAGAAGUUGAUCACAGGAACUGCAGACUUAGCCCCGGAAAGCGACAAUCUGGCACUGAAGCAGUUGGGUAUGACUGUGAUCGGCGAAGCGCUCGCGCUAGAUUGCAAAGCAAUGAGUGCCGAGUUUAUGGCUCUUUCGAGCAACAUCGCCAUUCAGCGAGGCUUACGAUCUCACUCCCAGUCUGUCUGGCAGGCUGUACUUGAUAUAUUCCGCAAGGGCAACGUGGAGUUGGCAAAAGUUAUUCUGAGCGCCACCACCAUCUUAACAGGCCUAGACGUGAUGCUACCAAAGAACAAGAAAGCUGCCGACUUAAUGCCAAAGGAUCACGUACAGUACAACCGUGAUUUCGGGCAACUUAUGGACAGUAUCUCACGAGUGUAUGAGCGACUAAGUGAUUUUGAAUCGGAAGAAUUGCAAGAACUCUGUAGAUCUCCCCAAACAGCUCGUCCGGUGUUCGCAGCUCUUCUUUCUCCGAGUCAAGACGUCCACGAGGCUGCCGUAGCCCUUGUCAAGGCCCUAACUGGUAAGAUGGGAAAGCAAGACGCGGUCGAGGCUCUGCUGGAUGAUUUCUUCGUUCCAACAUUAAAUUCUUUGACCUUCGCCGUAGGUAAGGUUUGCAAGUCUAGAACCUUUUCGCCCAUUCCAUAUACCAUCAAGACGGGACGUGAAAUUCUCACGGCUCUGAGCGGAAGCACAGGAAAGCUACGUUCUGGUUCACUCAGCACCGCAGAGCGCGGCGCUGUCUUGGCUUGGUGGAAAGGUCAGUGGAGAGUAAUGGAUAUGGUGUUCUGUGCAACAGAAUCCUGGGCCCCGCGGGUCGAUAAAUCCACAGCCUACAUGCAAGACUUUUGUCGAGACGCUAUGGAAUACUCUGAGAGUCUCUUCAACAACUACACGGUUUUUGCCUCCGCGCUGACAGAUCCGACACUUGGCGAUACUAAUGCUUCCACCGAACGGGUACUGGAAGUCGUCUGCCAAAAUGUUAACGGCCUCACAGGGCUUCUCAGGCUGAGGGACAGCUACCUUGUUAGUGUUAUAACCAGUCUUCUAGGCAAACUCUUGCGAUGUCUUGGGGAGUCGAAUCUGGAGAUAGACGAUUAUGCGUCGGAUUUCAUUAAGGCAGCGUGCAAACGCGAGAAUCAACGUGACUUCAAGCGGACGAAUCUAACUCCUCAACAAAAGGCGGAGCUGCAGAGAGCUCUUGAUGAACACCAAGGGGUUGAUACCGUGGAGCCAACUCCCGUGGCUCCCGUGGUCAAGAAACAAGGCACUAUUGAUGCAUGGUCAAAAUCUGCGGAUGGGAGAAGACGUGAACCGACCUUGCCUGUUAGGCAGACUACUUUAACCUUGGCUUCUCAGACAGAGAAGAACCGAGCAUUGCUUAACUCUAUGCGACCACAUUCUGUAAUACAACCUGCCGCACCUAGCCGCGACAUGACAGAUUUCAAAGAGAAGCGCCGUCAAGCCGAAGCGGAAAAGCAGCGAAUAAAGAAUGAACAGGCUGCAAAAGCGAGGGCUCUCCGCGGCUUAAGUGGAGUUCGUGGGGAAGGUUCUGGACUCAAAGAUAUAGGUGGUGUUUUUGGCAAAGACCACGCUCCUAUACGUAGUGAAAUCAUGGUUGGAUCUUCGGAUGAGGACAGUGAUGCCGAUGAAGAUGAAGACGAGACGAACGCUCUUGUUAAGACGAGAAAGGUCGGUGCUAAAGCGGUGUCUGAAUAUGAAGCGAGCAGAAGGCGUGCGCUCAAAGAGUUACAACAAGGCCCAGUCCGCAAAGUCAAAGUCCAGAGAUCUGUCAAAGAUCUGCGUGCCCGAGUAGAGCCCAAUAUGGACAGACUUUACACAGAGAUACUCGAAUGGGACCUUUUCCACGAGGGCGAUACCCCACCCACCAGCAAUGAAUAUAGGAGAAUUGCCGACAAUUUCCUUGAUCUCGAUAUCUACAAGAAGACAUUUACGCCCUUACUUAUUGCAGAAGUAUGGAGAUCUCUGGUAGUGGCGAAAGAAGAGAAUACCUCCAGACCAAUUGAGAUCACUGUGCUUAAUCGAAUGUCUGUCGAUAAGUUCAUGGAGAUAAGUGCCAAGAUGCCCAUGACUCUCAAUCGCGACAUGAAGCUUAACGAGCGCGACAUUGUUCUCUUAUCGAAAUGUAAGGAUCCAAUGAAGAAUCGAGAAGAGCCACAUUGUCUUGCCCGCGUAGACCGGACCACCCGAAAGAAAGACAUAAUCGAGGUGACGUUGAAGGUCAGCAGGAACAUUGACCAGGAACUCCUGAAAGGUCUUUCGAUGAACGCAAAAAUUCAUACUGUAAAACUCGCUGAUAUGAACACCACUCAGCGGGAGUACGCAGCUUUGAGUAGUUUGGAGUAUUACGAUCUGUGUGCAGAGGUUAUGGAGGCGAAACCAUCACCGCUUCAGAAAUACUCGGAUGAGAAAAUUGACAACCUAAAGGCUAAGUAUAAUCUCAACAAAGGGCAGUCUCAAGCAAUCUUGUCCGCCAACGACAAUGACGGUUUUACCUUGAUUCAAGGACCGCCAGGGUCUGGAAAGACCAAGACUAUCAUUGCUAUGGUCGGCGCUCUUCUUACCCAGGCAUUGCAGCAGCAAAAUGCUCAGCCGAGAGCGUUAGCACCUAUGCCCGGACGCGCAGAUAAGAGUACUCCUUCCAUUGGUCCUAAGAAAAAACUCUUGAUUUGUGCUCCUAGUAACGCUGCUGUGGAUGAGUUGGUGGUCAGACUUAAGGAAGGGAUCCAACCAUUGAGUGGCCCGCAUCAGAAGAUCAACGUAAUUCGCAUCGGUAGGAGCGACGUUGCGAACGCAGGGGUUCAAGACGUAAUGCUCGACGAGCUGGUCCGCCGAAAGAUGGAAGGUGAUGAUAGUGGGAACAAGGUACAACAAGACCGAGACAAACUCCACAAGGAGGCCGGAGCUAUUAAGGAGCAAUUGAAUGCUCUCAGACCACAGAUGGAUGCCAUGCGCCAGAAGUCAGACACGGAUGGAGAACGUAAGCUACAGAGACAAUUUGAUGAGUUGAAACGUAAGCAAGCUCAUCUCGGCAACAAAAUCGAUGAGGAAAAGCAGAGCGGUAACACUUUCGCGAGGCAAAAUGAGAUCAAUCGACGAAAAUACCAGCAAGAAAUAAUCGAUGGUGCUCAUGUGCUCUGCUCUACCCUCAGUGGUAGUGGUCACGACAUGUUUAAACAUCUCUCAAUUGAAUUUGAAACUGUCAUCAUCGAUGAAGCGGCUCAGUGUAUUGAGUUGAGCGCUCUCAUUCCAUUGAAAUACGGUUGCUCCAAAUGUAUACUGGUUGGAGAUCCUGAGCAGUUACCACCCACUGUUCUUUCGAGGUCUGCUCAAAGCUAUGGGUACGAGCAAAGUCUGUUUGUCCGAAUGCAAAAGAAUCAUCCUCAGGAUGUACACCUCCUCGAUACCCAAUAUCGUAUGCAUCCGGACAUUUCUAGCUUUCCUAGUCAGCAAUUCUACAAGGGAAGACUGCUUGAUGGUGAUGGUAUGGCCAAAUUGAGACGACAAGCAUGGCACGCAAGCACGAUAUUGGGUCCUUACCGCUUUUUCGAUGUCGAGGGUGUUCAGACUCAAGGUGCAGGGCACUCGUUCAUCAAUGUUCCGGAACUUAAUGCCGCAAUGCAGCUGUAUCAGCGCCUGAAGACAGACUACCAAAACAUUGACUUUACUGGCAAGAUCGGUAUUAUCACCACAUACAAAGCCCAGCUUAAUGCUCUCAAAGAUCGCUUUCAAAACCGCUUUGGUGAGAGUAUCUUCAACGAGAUCGAGUUUAACACUACCGAUGCUUUUCAGGGCCGUGAACGUGAGAUUAUUAUCUUCUCAUGUGUCCGAGCGAAGUCUACCGGCGGUAUUGGUUUCCUGAGUGAUAUUAGACGUAUGAAUGUUGGUCUUACCAGAGCCAAAUCUUCACUUUGGGUUCUUGGUGAUUCCAGGUCUUUGCGCCAAGGAGAGUUCUGGAACAAGUUGAUUGAGGAUGCGAAGACACGAAAGAAGUACAGCGGAGGGGAUAUUAUGGGCUUGCUAUCCAAGACAUCGUCCCGUAACGAAGUUCCACCUCCUAGCCCAAUUACCAACGGUCGCCCUGUUCUUCCGAGCAAUUCUUCGUUCGCGCCUAGUUCGAAUCUGGAUAGAAAAUCAAGCGUGAUUGAGGCAAUGGACAAUGAUGUUAUCAUGACCGACGCUCCUAUGGGUGACACGGUCAGACAAGGCUCGAUCAGCGACGAGAAUAGGAAACCCGCACGCCCAACUCCAACGAGAGGGUUAUCUUCCGAUACAAUUAUAUCCAAGACCGAUUCGCGCAAUUCUUCUCCAGGUAUAGGAGGCAGUGUUUCAGCUAAAAACUCGCAUGGUAAACGAUCGAGGGACUCCAUCUCAGAAGAUGGCACCGCUAACAAAAAGGUCGCACCGGCAAAAGAUAAGGGUCCCGAUCUGGACGCCGCCCUUCGAGCUCAACAGGCAAACAAGCCAACUCCUACGGCAGCGAAACCAGUCCGACCGCCUGGCAUGAUGCCUCCACGUCGAAAGGCAGCGGCGGAUCCGUUCAUACAACGUAAACCUCCGAAGAGAGGUUGA